AUGUUUGGAAAAUCGCCUUUCGGUUCAUCCAAUACGUCUGCCUUUGGCGCAGGCAGCUCCUUGUUUGGAUCUUCCACUAAUCGAUCAACAACAGGAUUUGGCACACAAACGACCACUCAGAGCACGGGUUUAUUCGGGCAAAAAUCUAUUUUUGGCUCUCCUGGACAGUCGACAUCACUUUUCGGAAGCACGCAGCCUGCUUCCUCUGCCUCUACAUCAAUAUUUGGCCAGUCAAAACCACUUUUUGGUGCAUCGUCGACAACGCAGUCAGCAGGUUUCGGUGGUACUACAUCAUUGUUUGGUUCAACUCAGCCGGCACAACAAACUAGUGGUGUAUUCGGAUCAAGUUUUGGAACAUCAACCAUAUCGGGUACUACUAUUAAAUUUGAACCUCCUACAUCCACAGAUACUAUGCUUCGUAAUGGUACUAAUCAAACGAUUAGCACGAAACAUAUGUGUAUCACUGCCAUGAAACAAUAUGAAAACAAAAGUUUAGAGGAGUUGCGAUGCGAUGAUUAUUUAGCAAAUAGAAAAGGUCCCCAGAGUGGUGGUUUGGUAUUCGGUCAGACUUCACAACCAUCUUCUUCGUUGUUUGGUACCAGUACAAUUACAACUCAGCCAUCAAUUUUUGGUCAAAGUAAACCACUUUUUGGAAGCACCUCGACUGGUUUCGGCACUACAACCACAACCUCAUCUAUGUUGUUUGGAACCCCAACAACCACUACAUCAAUCUUCGGUAGUAAACCAACAGGUGGAGGACUCUUUGGUUCUUCUACCGUAGCAUCACCAUUUGGGCAAACUCAGACUAGCACAGGACUAUUUGGAGCGAAACCAUCAACGGGUUUCGGCACUCAAAGUUCGUCACUUUUUGGUGGACCAGCUUUCAGCGCUACCACAUCCGCAUCAAGCCCAUUUACAUUUGGUAACAGUACGCAACCCGCAACAUCAACCGCUCCGACGGGUCUUUUUGGUGCCAAGCCCUCUACUUCAGGUUUUAGUGCUUUUGGCGCAUCUACGUCCACAGCUUCACCCUUUGGCACUCAGUCAACUGGUGGACUUUUUGGCUCUAAACCUGUUACUGGUGGAUUAUUUGGCUCGAAUACAGGAAGUCUUUUCGGACAAGCGGCUCCUUCCUCAACACCGUCAUUAUUCGGCUCAUCUGCAUCCAAACCAACUAAUUCCUUAUUUGGUUCCACUGCGGCGCAGCCUGUUUUCGGUUCCACACAACAAGUAGCAGGUGGUAAUGUGUCGUCAGCAGCACCCAUUGUUUUGGGUGCCGAUUUUAAUCAAUGGCAAAUUGAAAAAGCAGUAAUCGAAGCACAGUUAGCAGCUAGUCCUUACGGUGAUAAUCCAUUAUUAAAACUUCUAACGACUGAAUCACAAGAAAAAUCAAAUAUUCUCAACCCUGUCAGUGUAGAGCGACAAAUUCGAUUUCUGGCUUCAAAGAAAGAUGCAACUGCAAUGACAACAACAACACCGAGUGGACCACUUGCACUGGGUUCAAUACCUUCUGCUGCAUCACGUAUCAGACUUUCAGCUUCCAAAUCCCGAGACAGCAUCGGGGAUUUUACAUACCACUCUAUGUUUUUGCCACCUGGCCUUAGAGGAAGUAAUAGGAAGAACACAUCAUUGAAUCUUGACAGCACCGCUAAUAGAUCAUAUAGUACUAAUGGUUCGUCUUCAUCAGUAGAUCCUUCAAACUUUUUGGGGACGAACACUAGCCAGUUGUCGAAGUCAAAGCACAAUUCGAACGUUAAACGACUUGAUCUUAGUGUUCUCCACAAGUAUAUGCAGGAAAAUCGACGGAAUUCCGCCAACUCAGUAGCACAAACUUCUUCAUCAGUAGCACAAACUUAUGGGGAUAAUGAAACGACUGAUAAUGUACAAGUUGGAACAGUUUCAAAGGCAGACACUCGAUCAGUUACUGCCGAGUUGGCAACGACGGGACAGAGAACAGGCGUUUCGUCCGUUUUGUCACCUUCGGCAAAUUUGUCAGUUGACAAUACAAAUGCUGCAGAAGGACAACCCACCAAUUCUCACUCUGGACUCCAGCGGACAACUGAAGUGUCUUCGUCAAUGGCGUAUUCCGAAGAGGAGAACAUCAAUAAUUCAUUGGAUGUAACUAAUAGCAGUGUUGUCAAUUCCCCUUCUGAAAAUGCUGCCUUGCGUAGUGUUCAUCCAGCAGGCAUAAUUUUAACAAGGCGAGAUUAUGAAUGUGAACCAUCGUUAGAAGAACUCGCGGAAAUGGCGCUGAAGAAUAACGGUGUUUGUCAUAUUGAAAGUGGCUUUACGAUACGUCGGCUAGCUUUUGGAAGUGUUUUCUGGCCUGGACCAUUCGACUUGCGCGAUGUUAAUUUGGAUAAGGUAGUACAUUUUCGUCAACAUGAAGUGAUUGUAUAUCCUGAUGAUAAUUCGAAACCACCACUUGGACAGGAAUUAAAUCGAUUCGCGGAAGUUAGUUUGGACAGAGUUUGGCCUCGCGAUAAGAAAACUAGAGAAUAUAUCACGGACCCUCUUCGGCUAGAAGAAAUGGGCUAUCGGGCAAAACUAGAACGUGCUUCGUUAAAAAUGGGAGCAAAAUUCAAGGAUUAUCGUCCUGAAACAGGCACUUGGGUUUUCACAGUGCCGCACUUUACCAAAUACGGAUUGACGGAAGACGAUGACAAUGAUAUGCUUGAUGAGACGGAGUUGAAGACAGCUUUUAAAGCCAGCAGAAUCCAAAACGCUGUGCAGCGCGCCAAAUUACCAAAGCUGAAAGUUGCUCAUGAAGAUGAGAUUGCUAACACGGCGGCCUCGGGUGCCUCUACAACUGAUGGCUUUCAAGAUCAUCAACAAGAAUUGAAACAAAUUGAUUCAUUGUUUUUUGUACGUGGAUUGGGUGGAAUCAACGGUUAUGGAAAAUCAUUUCUUGAGCAGAAUGCUUUCUUUGAUACACAUGUUGUGCAUGACUCUAUUCGGACAAGUAUGGUAUCAGAAACGGAGCAUAAAAUGGAAUUUUGUGAUAAUAAAGCAGUUCUAGAUGAUUUGAUGGGUGAUUCUCUGAUGAUUGACGCGGAGGAGCAAGAAGAUAGCACGAGCCAGUCGCAAAUAUAUCUUAUUGAUCCGGUUAAUGAAAUAAAAAGUUAUCUUAAAGAAGGUGAACAAACAAUCAUGAAAAUAGCCGGAAGAACCGGUACAUUUAUAGACGGUUCAUUAAUGAAUGGGAGAUGUGGACGCGUAAGUUGGAAUCACGGUCGAGUAUAUUGGAUAAGCGAUCUUCCCAAUUCAUUAUCGGUCCGAUGUCUUAAGCUUCAAUGUAUCGAUAAAGUGCCUACCGAAUAUAUUAUUGAUCUAUUCCGAAAAAUUGACUCUAUGAGUAAAAUAAUGAGUAAUGAGGAUACCGACAAUUUAAUUUUCCAAAAUGUUUCACAAAGAAAGCCAGAUGGAGAGUUUUAUGAUUUAAUAACUUAUUCCUUGGCGGCAUCGAGAUCCAACAGCAUGUCACAUGAUUCGAAUGUUUUGGAAUUAUGUGAUGCUCUUUUUGGCUCUCAAAUCAUAGCUGAUACGAAUUACACUAAGAUGUUAAAUCGUCGUGAAGAGGUUGCUAAAUGGCUACAAAAAUAUGUAAUAACUACUGAACAACAUGGAAAGCCACCACCGUCGGGUCCUGCUAAAAUCCUCCACUUAUUGCUGAUCGGUGAUUUGGAAGCUGCAGUAGAGGAAGCUGUAGAGAGCAAUUACCCUCAUCUUGCUUGCGGACUUUCAGUAUUUAGACAUACCAACAGGGCAGCUUACAAAAAUCAGAUUGAGCAUUGGAAGGAAACAAAGGAGUGUAAAUUUAUUGACGAGAAUCUGCUGAAAAUUUAUCUUUUGAUGGCAGGGGAAAUGCAAGCUGAAAUAAAUGGGAGAAAGAUCUUUGUGAAUGAUGGCUUGGAUGGAUUACAAGCGUUAUGCACAUUCGUUUCAUAUUUUGACCCAUUCGAUGCUUCAUUAAAAUAUGCGCUGCACGCUUUCGAAAAUGAUUUGAAGGCGCGGGAGGCAGAGCAUACGUUGAAAUGCAACGUCUUUUAUAAACUUAUUCAGUUGGCUUGUGAUGCCACCCAAUCUAUGGAAGCUGUUUUAGAACCUGGCUGCACUGCUGUAGAUCCCAUGGAUUAUCAUUUAUGCUGGCAUUUAUGGUUUAUCUUACGAAUUCUGGGAUUUGAACGCUGUUCAGAAUCUGCUGAACAUGCACUCCAUAUUCGAUAUGCUGAACAGCUUUGUCAAAUGGAGUUAUACUAUCUUGCUGCAAUUGUACUGAUGCAUAUUUCUGACUUGCAAAGUCGAAAUGAUGCUUUGAUCGGUCUUGGUGAUCGAAUUGCGGACAAAGCUGAUGAGGAAACUUAUGCCAAACUAUCAACAAUAUCGCGUUUACCAGAUUGUAUUAUUGCUCGGUCGAGGUACAUGCGGGCAAAAUUGGAAGACGAUGAAGCUAAAAUGUGUUUAUAUGCUUUGCAAGGAGGCAUGCUUGAUGAAGCCCAUUCAAUUUUCUUUGAAAAAGUUGCACCUAACAUCAUUAUAUCAGAUGAUUACGAAUGUCUGGGUCAGCUUGGUGAUUUAUUUGAGGAGGUGAGUGAUCAAAUACCAGCAUGGGGUCCAGGAGGACAAAUUUUCACUGAUUUUUAUCAUGUUAAAAAAAGGCUGGAAGAAAUUGAAGAUGAUGAAGAGGUGAAAGAAAUCAUCGAAUGGGCGCACUCACUUGAGUUGCGGUUGGUCGCAAUGCCUGUAACGAAUCCUAUGCAAAGACUUGCUGCAACAGUAAUGUCCAAAUAUGUUUUCAAAUUAAUCUACGGUUAUGAAGGUACUGAAACCGAAAAUCUACCAUUAAGUUUUGAAGAUAAAUUGGAAAUUGCGAGUGAUUUGGAAAUUCUUCCGAGUUUUCCCAUGGACCUAACAUCAGCUUAUGAAUUGCAACAAUAA